GAAAAGGACACUCACAACAGCGCCUGCGCGUUCCUGCAUAGUCUACGCGAAGUAUGAAGUACAGUAAUUAAAUGAAUACAGGCAAACAAAGUCGCCUAAAAGCAGCUAAACAUUAGUUGAAGGAACAAUAACUUUUAAAAAGAAGAAGUUAUUUGCAAGUAAAAAGAGUUCAGGAAAAGAGAUCGAAAAAAUAGAAAAAAAAUUAGUUCCCUUAAAUGCGUGCAUACCUUUCUGCAACCGCUGUGAACCGAAACUGCAGGCGCUGUCCAAGGUGAUAACAAUAUAAAGAGGAUGCCACUGCAAAGGGAGGUUCAGAAAAGCCGUACCCUUAUCUACUGUUUUGUUCUGGUUGAGCUGGUGAUAAUGGCAGGAACUGUCAUGCUGGCAUAUUACUUCGAGUACACCGACACUUUCAACGUGCAUGUGCAAGGAUUUUUCUGCUUUGACAGCUCGUACACGAAGCCCUAUCUUGGACCGGAGGAUACAAGUGCCAUCCCUCCAGCUCUGCUGUAUGCAGUGGUCGCGGGAGUCCCUACUCUUGUUAUAACAAUUACAGAAUCUGUGCUGUUUUUCCUUCAGUAUGCUACAAAAGAUUUUGACAACCGUGAGAAGACCAUAGUCACUGGAGACUGCUGUUACCUCAACCCAUUUGUGCGCAGAACUGUCAGGUUCCUUGGUGUCUAUAUAUUUGGACUUUUUGCCACCGAUAUAUUCGUUAAUGCUGGACAGGUUGUGACGGGGAACCUUGCACCACAUUUCCUCACUGUUUGUAAACCCAAUUACACUGCUCUGGGCUGUCAACAGGCCAUUCGGUUCAUCAGUCACCAGGAGGCCUGCACAGGCAAUGAAGAUGACAUCUUAAGAGCCAGAAAGACAUUCCCAUCAAAAGAGGCAGCACUCAGUGUUUAUGCAGCCCUCUACCUAGCUAUGUACAUCACCAGCACAGUAAAAGCCAGAGGAUCGAGAUUAGCGAAGCCUGUGCUGUCUCUGGGGUUGAUGUGCUUGGCAUUUCUUACUGGAAUAAAUCGGGUAGCAGAAUACCGAAACCAUUGGUCAGAUGUCAUUGCAGGAUUUAUUAUAGGAGUGGCGAUAGCAACUUUUCUGGUGGUUUGUGUGGUCCAUAACUUUAAAGGGAAGACCUUGCUGAGUGAAAAACCCCAAACUGACAACUUGACUAACAUGCCUAUGAUCAACCUUCCAAGAGUAGAGAGUCCUUUGGAGAAAUACACAGCUUCACAGAUAUGGGAGGCAGACAAGGGUUAUAUGGCAGUUGAACAAGAUUAUCAAGGUAGCAAAGAUAUUUCUGCCUGCAAUGCAUCACUGCUUCCUUUUGCUAUGAUGGCUCUACCAAGACAACAGUACCACCAGUCUAUCAGUGGCAGGUUUGGCUGCUCAAGAUCAAAGAAUCACAUCGCCUUCGCUGAGGUCACAUGACGUUGAAGUGGCAGUUUGUUCUACUCAUUGGACAUCAUCGCUGUUCACUGUUCAGUCAUCAUAGUUGGAGUGCUAUUCUAAUCCUGAGAUUACCUGUUCAUGAUCACAGUAUCUUCAGCCGCAUUAGUACAAAGGCUACUCAGUCCAGAUGGAAAACUGCAGUAUUUAAAGAGACAAUACCCCCUCUUUCUCCCCUGAUUUUGUACUAAAUCAUACAUGAGGCACAGAUGCCAAGAAGGUCUUGUUUUUGUGCAAACAUUUGCUACAUUUCAUACAUGAACCUUGUCUUUUUGUGGCAGCAUUAUUGUUAUUAAUGGAAGCUGAUUGCACUGUCUAAAUGAAAAGAAGGACGACAAUCUAGGGUAUUUGGCUCUUUUUAUAUUGAUGUUUUUGAUGUAUUUAUUAAUCUUCACUCAUUAUUUCUGAUUUUAUACCAUAUUUGCACAUUGCAAUAAAUUAAUAUCUAUUACUGUCCUGUUUUUUUAUAUAUAAAGCAAUUGUUCAUAGAAAAGUACAUGGGACAUUUGUGAUCUAUACCCUUAAUGUAAUUUCAGUUACAUGCCCUCUUGGUAUAUUUCAGAAACUAUCCAUUGCUGUACAGUAGGUUAAUAGGAAAGAUUGAGUUUAUGUUUGUCAUAAGCAAAACAUUUUAUCUUGAACAUAGUCACUCUAUACAAAAUAUGUCAUUUAAGACACAAGUGUUUUAAAGUACCCUAAACAAGAAAAUGAAGAUUUGUAUUUAUGUUUCUGUUUGGCUACAUACACAAUUUAUAGAUCCUAAAUUAGAGAUGGUACAUGUGAAAAGGCCAUGAGGCUGUUAGGACUUAAGCCUACAGCUACAGCCUACAGCUUAAUGAAGGUUUGGCUGCAGUAGACAAUCAGUAUUUUUUGCUUGGAGAAAUCUUGAGCUGUUCUGAUUGAGCUCAGGCAAACUGGAGUUCAUAGGCUGUUGCAAUAUUCCUGCAGUACAUGCAGAGUUACUCAGGGCAUGUUACUGUGUCAAAAGAUCUGUCCUCUAGUAAUAACAUUAAGGUAUUUUUAACAGUUUCUGUUGUCCAUGCUGCUUUUCUCUUUGAUGUGUCAAAUUUCAUCUUUCGUUGUUGGCAGAGGAUAAGCAUUAUUUCACUAUGUAUGGUACAAUUUUACUUUUUAUACACCUUCAUAAUAUAUAAAACAAUCUAUUUUGGUAAAUUAAAAGUCAUUAUGCUGUUUAAUUAGUAUUACAAUACAUAUCAACAUUCCACAAAAAAGCAUAUUGAUACAUAAUGCUUUCAUAGGAUACUGCUUUUUGUCUUCAUAAGUAGAGUAGUUAUUAUGACUUUUUUUUAAUGUCACCCUUCAUAUUUGGAAAGGUUUUGUUGUUUUAUGUGCCGAGAGCACCAAACGUCUUCUUUCCUUAUACCAUUAUUGUUAUCCCCUACUAAGAAAUGAUAUGAUCGAGGGUUUUAGACAAGUUUAGACCUUUUAUAAAUGUGUUCAUUUUUAGAUUAGAGGAAACAAUUAUAUUCAAAACUAUUUCUGAGAAAUAUAAUUUACUCUCAUACUCAUUGGUAGACAGGUCCUUAAUACUGUAAGUAAAUAAAAUAUGUUAUAUGUUGAGUGCUCCAAACAAUUAAAGGAUUACAUGAUAGAAAUAUUACAACAGAGCUACUGUAACAUGAGAUAGCCAGCAUGAGUUGGUCAACAUGUACAGUAUAGUAAGGUCACUGCUCAUGGAUGAACCAAUAGGCUACUGAAACUAACUCAGCAUGAUUUGAAGUCACCAGGUGUUGUGAUUUACAGGCACUCAUAUAUAAUAUAAUGUUCCAGUUCCCUACCUUCUUGGUCACUUUUAUAUCGUAUGUGGAUUUGUAGUUGUGGUGUUGUUGUAGGAGCAGUAAACAGUGACUCAGAUUGUGUUACAGUAGGUGUUUUCGGAACCUGUCAGAGGUCAUCAGCAUGGUCAGGGAUGGUACCACUCUGGAGGUAGUUCAAUGCCUAAUGGGAUCUCACAGCGUCUUCAUCAGGCUGUGUCUGAAUGUACCAGGAGAUAUAACUGAGCACUAGCUGGCCUCUUUCUUGUCUGUUUGUUGCUGAAAGGACUUGAGCAUUCGUAAAUUUGCAUUUAAUAAGAUUUUCUCUCUCUGGAUGUGUCUCUCAAUUAAGAUAUCGAUAGUAUCUAAAUAAUAAUAAUAUUAUUCACUUAAUAGUAGGUUUUGAAAUAGUCUAAAGUUUUCUGCUUUAGUUUGAGCAGUAUACAGUAAUAUAAUUAAAAUUUAUGUUUAUAUACAAUAAUAUAUUCAGUAUGAAUGCUACUUUUUCCACAAACAUUCACAAAACUCGUUAACAUCAGGGACCUUUAGAAAACAAAUGAUAUUAACCCAUUUUGAGCUAGUUAGGCCAAAUGACAUUCCCAUUGUCGGUACCUUUCAUGUGCUGUUUUUUUAGUCUGCAAGAACAGUGAAUAUUUUCAAUGUUUAGUUCAGGUUUUAUAUUUUUGUUUGUCCUUGUUUUUUUCAACGUAGGGACAGAUGACAGGCCCUUGAGGAUUACAUCAUUGUUAACAUUCUGUAACCUGGUAAAAGCCAAAUAAAAGGUUUUUAUUUAAAAAAAUGACUGGCUUAAAUUAACCUUAAAAUAGCAUUGUGAGAUAAACUGUGCAAUGCUUUCGUGGAUGCAAUACAGUUAAUUUUGUAUUUUUGAUGAAUAUGUUAUUCAUCAAAUAUGCUUUGUUACUUACUGUCCUUUGAAUAUUAUGCAAUGUAAACCCCAAAUUCUAUUAACAUUAUCAGAGUAAUCUGCAGAGCAGUAACAUUUGUGGUUUCUAGCCCAUUAAUGUAAACAAUAGCUGACUACAGUGCUGAGGCUUCAUAAUAACUCCCCAGAGAGGCACAAAUCAUAGAAUAUCAUCAAAGAAUAUUAUCACUAUAAUUAAACUUCUCUCGGCAGGAGGUGAUUAGAUUAA